AUGCUCAUCUUGGAAGAGCCAUUCUACGACGUUCAAAUCGGAGGCGUUCGCGUCCCCGUAUUGGUCAUUCACGGAGAAGACGAUCGAACAGUACCUAUUGUCCAUGGUAAAGCAGUCUGCGAAAAGGCAGUGAAUCGGGCGGCUCCGUUAUGGCUGAGGGCUACCCAUGAUAACGUCGAAAACUGUCGUGAAACGUGGCUCCGCAUCAGGAAUUUUAUCAAAUACGAGCUGAAGUAUGGCCUUGGAUCUCAUGAUACUGCCGAGACACAAUAA